GGGGACCCGAUACCUCCCGCGCGCCCGAGUGAUGGAGGGGAAGAGAUUCGCUUAGACACACACACGCGCACACAGCUGGGCACGUCUCCGGGAGGCAGCCGCCGGGAGCCGGGCGGCGGCCGUGACAGCACGAGCCGCGGGGAGCCGGGCGCCCACGCAGCUUGGCCCCGGCGGCUCCAAGACCCCGGAAGGGAAGAACCCAGCCGCACUGUUACUCUUUUAGGCUGCUCGGGAGGAAGCAAGCUGCCCAAGGACCUGUCACUGAGGACGCAGGAGGUUCUCCGCUCGGCGCUCAGUCUGGGGCCGCGCCGGUGCCCGCGUGAGGCGAGGAGGAUGCUCACCUCCUCCCGCAGAGCCGCUGCGGGCCCAGGCACCGCGCGGACUCGGGCUCUCGCGGCCGCCCCUGCCCUGCCCGCGCCGCGGGAGCGCGCCCUGCCGUACCUGGCUCCAGCCUCCAGGGGAAGUGCGGGAAACGCGCCCUAAACUCCACUACUUCUCGCCCGCCUCCUCCCCUUCCUGGCUCCCCGCCCCAGACCUCGCAGCCGCCGCCGCCGCCGCCGCCGCCGCCUGCGUGUAGGGCCCGCCUGCCUCUUACUCUCACGCACGCACGCACAGCCCCGCUGACUCGCUCGCAUUCGAGCAGCCUCGCUUCCCGCGGAGCAGAAGCCCGGACGUCCGGAACUACUGCACCAACUGGGACUGCAGGAGACGCCCUGUGGCCCGGCGCGACCCGCCGCUGGUCCCCGCGCCCUGGGCUCCCGCCCACGCUGCCGCCGCCGGGGACGUUGAGGUAAUCAGGUACCCAGAGGCUUCAGCAUUGCUGUCUUCCCUUCUCAAUGGCGUUUCUGGUGUCCACCUCAGGAGUCUCCUUGGCCAGCCCUGAAACACUUGAAAAUUAAACAGAGAAUCCACUGCAUAUAUUCUUCUUGAAAAUUUCCAUUGUAUAUAUUCAGAACUUUCUGAAUAAGAAUAAGGAUUUGAAGGUGCUAACAGAGCAGGGAACAAGCCAAAAGGACAGCAGUAGAUGCGGAGAGGCCAUGGAGCAUCCACCAACCAGAUAAUCAUCGCUGGAAUAACUGGAGGUGUCUGAAUGUAGUGAAAAUUAUGCCUACCUCUUUUGACAUGUGGGAAUGUCUAAGUCAGCAAGAAGUGUAUACUUGCCCCCUUAGACCCUCAACAGUACCUAAAGGUCAUCUGCCUUGAAGACUGGCUGCAGAAGUCCUGAAGGUUGAUGGAGGGCCAUGCUAUUCAAACAGCAGGCAUGGCUGAGACAGAAGCUCCUGGUGCUGGGAAGCCUUGCCGUUGGGAGUCUCCUGUAUCUAGUCGCCAGAGUUGGGAGCUUGGAUAGGCUACAACCCAUUUGCCCCAUCGAAGGCCGAUUUGGAGCCCGUGGUCAGGCUGAAUUCCCCCUGCGCGCCCUGCAGUUUAAGCGUGGCUUGCUGCACGAGUUUCGGAAGGGCAACUCUUCCAAAGAGCAGGUACGCCUUCAUGACCUGGUCCAGCAGCUCCCAAAGGCCAUUAUCAUCGGGGUGAGGAAAGGAGGCACCAGGGCCCUGCUUGAGAUGCUGAACCUCCAUCCGGCAGUGGUCAAAGCCUCUCAAGAAAUCCACUUUUUUGACAAUGAUGAGAAUUAUGCCAAGGGCAUUGAGUGGUAUAGGAAAAAGAUGCCUUUUUCCUACCCUCAGCAAAUCACAAUUGAAAAGAGCCCAGCAUAUUUUAUCACGGAGGAAGUUCCAGAAAGGAUUUACAAAAUGAACUCGUCUAUCAAGUUGUUGAUCAUUGUCAGGGAGCCAACCACAAGAGCUAUUUCUGAUUACACUCAGGUGCUAGAGGGGAAGGAGAGGAAGAAUAAAACCUAUUACAAGUUUGAGAAGCUGGCUAUAGACCCUAAUACCUGCGAAGUGAACACAAAAUACAAGGCAGUAAGAACCAGCAUCUACACCAAACAUCUGGAACGGUGGUUGAAGUACUUUCCAAUUGAGCAAUUUCACAUCGUCGAUGGAGAUCGCCUCAUUACGGAACCCCUGCCAGAACUUCAACUCGUGGAGAAGUUCCUAAAUCUUCCCCCGAGGAUAAGUCAAUACAAUUUGUAUUUCAAUGCUACCAGAGGGUUUUACUGCUUGCGAUUUAACAUUAUCUUUAAUAAGUGCCUGGCGGGCAGCAAGGGGCGCAUUCAUCCAGAGGUGGACCCCUCUGUCAUUACCAAAUUGCGCAAAUUCUUUCACCCUUUCAAUCAAAAAUUUUACCAGAUCACUGGGAGGACAUUGAACUGGCCCUAAAAUAAUGUCAUACAACACUAUGUGUUGUGCCUGGGGACACACAAUGUCUCAUCUGGAUUAAAAUAUGCACUUUUCCUAUAGACACAACUGUCCAAGUCAUUUUUCCAUGUAUACUUGUACAUACGCAGUGUGUGACCAAAUAUAAGAUCAGCUCUUUUUCUACUGAAAAUUUACAAAAACAAAAACAAAAAACAAACCAAUUUGCUGUCUACAUAGUUGCAUCUUUUAUGCUAUUUACAAAAAGAAGAGGUGGUGGUGCUGGGGGAAAGUGACUUCAGCUAUUCUCAAAGAGUUUGUCUUCCUUUGAGUCAGAAUUUGUCGCCUGCCAUUUUCAUAGAUUUAAGCCAAAAGAUUAACAUGUGAAAAUGUACCAAUGGCUGUGAAGUUUCAGGAAGCAGAGGAUUCGGUUAUGCAUUCUUUUCUAAGGGAAAGCUGACUCUUUAAUUCAGAUGCUGAAUUGAUGCCAUGAAAACAGAAAAUACUAUUUUCUUAUUAUUUAAAAAAAUCUUAUCUCAUAAAAUUGACAUCGUUCCAAAGUUCCUGUGGUGAUUUUGCACUAUCGUUUUCUCAUAUGGACCAUGGUGUCACUUGUAGCAUGUCAAUCACACAUCGGAAAGUCAAGUCCUUUUACUUCCAUGUUCUAUGUCAACAAAGAGAAAUGUCAUGUACAUAGUGUAUAUAGUUGUAAAUACUGGUUUCACACUAAGUAAUUCUAUUUUGUAAACUGAAUAUGGCUAUUUAAUUUAUUGUGAAAAUUAAAUUUAUUGUGGUAUUUAAAAAA